CCUGGGGCGCCUGCCUGGCCGCCCGUUGCUAUGGCGGCGGCUCCUGGCCUUGACCUCUGAGUUAGGUGCUGGCGAGCGUCCGCCCCGGCCUUGGCCAGGCCUGACGGUUCGCUCUCUUCCCGGGGCUCGUCGUCGGAGUCUGAGUGCCCUGCGGACACUGCGGCUCGGGUUUCUCGGCCUCAGGCACGUGGGGGAGGACGCACGCUGACCAGGCGAUUGUUUCAGGGACCCAACUGUUGCAUAAAGCAAGGUACCCUCUUGCAUUGCUCUACCUGAGGUGGAUGCUCGGUAAAUUGUGCCAGGCUGCCUGAUGUCAUGUGGCCUGUGCUUUGGACCGUGGUGCGUACCUAUGCUCCCUAUGUCACAUUUCCUGUGGCCUUCGUGGUCGGGGCUGUGGGCUACCACCUGGAAUGGUUCAUCAGGGGAAAGGAUCCCCAGCCUGUGGAGGAGGAGAAGAGCAUCUCAGAGCGCCGGGAGGACCGCAAGCUGGAUGAGCUGCUAGGCAAGGACCACACCCAGGUGGUGAGCCUUAAGGACAAACUGGAAUUUGCCCCCAAAGCUGUCCUGAACAGAAACCGCCCGGAGAAGAAUUAAUGGAGGACACAGGGCCCUCUGGGUCCCUCUGUGGGCCGUGACUGGUCUCGCCACCAUGUGGACCCAGCCGCAGAACCCACAUCUGAUUUGCUUUAUUGCUUCUUCUGGUCCCUCCCACACCGGCUGCUCUGCUAUGGCCAGGCAGACACAAUAGUCACUGAGGGGCCGGUGGAAAGGAAGACCGUGAGGGUUCUGGCCUGAAGGCUGCAUCUGCGGGAUGGUGGCCACAACUGCUCAGGCUUCUGUGCUGCUGGGAGGAGAGUUAUGAAGUGAACAUUGCUGUCAGUCCCCGUGGGGAGACAGAUUGGCCUCAAGUGGGAGGGGCUGGGAUUGGGGUGAUGCCUCUAGGAGGGAUACCUACAUGCCUCCUUCUGGUUUGCACUGGGAAGAGCUCAGAAAUCUACCUGGCUCCCUUAACUAGCUUGGCCUGUCCUUUGUGCUCAUUCUCCCUGACAUCCUGUCCUGUCAGCUUAGGAAGAGGAUUCCCUCGGGAAGGAAAGCCGUUUCCUAUUCUUGGGAGCCCAGGCUGUUCACCUUGGGACAGGUGAAUUUGCUUGAAAACAAUCACCAUCUUUCACCCCCCCAUCACUGUAUAGUGCAAAACUUGAUUAAAGUGAUGUCUGAGAACCA